GCGCGAACGCGCCGCGGUGGUUGCGUAUAUCCGGUUAUUAACCCGCGAGGUGGGACGCACGCACCCACACCGCCCCCAGGCGGCCAUGUUUGUUAAGGGCAGGGGACCAUAGGCUGGCGGCGGCUUGGGGCCGGGUGCGGGGCGCCCGACAGCCGAAAGGAUCGUGGCUUAUGGAGGCCCCCGCGCCGCCCUCGCACGCGACCGCUUUACCAGCGGAGGGCAGAUGCAGCUACUUCGUGGAGAAGAAGAAGCGCUUCUGCAGGAUGGUGGCGGCCUCGGGGAGAAGGUUCUGUGGUGAACACGCUGGCGCCGCGGAGGAAGAGAAUGCUCGGAAAAGAAUCUUGUGUCCUUUAGAUCCAAAACACACAGUAUAUGAAGACCAACUAGCAAAACAUUUAAAAAAAUGUAACUCAAGAGAGAAGCCAAAGCCUGAUUUCUUUAUUCAAGAUAUAAAUGCAGGAUCAAAGCAUGAAAUGGAAAUUCCUGAGCAGUUAGUUCCAUUUUCUUCUCUAUCUGAAGAGCAGUUGAAAAACUUAAUUAAGAAACUGAGGAAAGCAAGUGAAGGCUUGAAUUCUCCACUUAAAGAUCACAUUAUGUCCCAUCCAGCAUUAUAUGAUGCCCUUAAUGACCCUAAAAAUGGUGAUUGUGCUGUCAAGCACCUGAAACAGCAGGCUUCUAUUUUAGGUAACAUUGAAAAAUUAAAGUUACUUGGUCCAAGAAGAUGCUUUGUUGAGUUUGGAGCAGGAAAGGGGAAAUUAUCUCACUGGGUCGAUAUUGCCUUAAAAGAUGCUGAAAACGUUCACUUCAUCCUGGUAGAAAAAGUGACCACAAGAUUCAAGGUAGACGGUAAACACAGAAGAAAGAACUCAGCGUUUGAAAGACUUCAAAUUGAUAUUCAACACUUGUGUCUAAACAGGAUCCCUGUGCUAAGAGAAGGAAGACUGCCUGUGGUAGGGAUUGGGAAGCAUCUGUGUGGGGUCGCAACAGACCUUGCAUUGCGAUGUUUGGUGGAAACCUAUGCUGCCAAUUUUGAAGAAAGGACUGAAGAACCUUUAGCCAAACGCGUCAAGAAUGAUAAAACAGAAGAAGAAAGUAAUGCUUUGUCCAAGGAAGUAAGUGAAGAAGAUACCCCAGAGACACGGACCCCAGUGGCUGGCAUUGUCAUCGCACUUUGUUGUCACCACCGCUGUGACUGGAGACAUUAUGUGGGCAGAGAGUAUUUCAAGGCACUAGGCCUCGGGGCAGAGGACUUCUACUAUUUCCAGAGAAUGAGUAGUUGGGCUACAUGUGGAAUGAGAAGGACGUCUUUGGAAGCCUCAGACACUACUGCAGAGAGAAAAGAUGACCAGAAUUAUGACAGCGAAGAGCAUGAUGAGAGAGGAGACAGACCCGCAGAUGGCAGCACUGAUAGUGUGCCCGGAGUUCUGACUGCUGAAGAGAAGGAGAACAUAGGACAUCUUUGCAAAUUGCUGAUUGACCAAGGCCGACUCGAGUAUUUACAGCAGAAAGGCUUCAGCCCUGCCUUAAAGUACUAUACAGACCCAUCAGUGUCUCUGGAAAAUGUGUUAUUAACUGCCGUACCAGCUCAUCUGUCACCACAGGAAGCAGCUCGACUGUUCGGCUUAGCUGGCUGCCUUGAACUGCACGUCCACAGUGCAUUGUACAUGUCCCACGUCAGACUCACUGCUAACACUGCAGCUCAUCCUCAGUCCUCCCUCCUCAUUCUGCAUAUCAAACCAUAUUCAGCACCUCCUUCAUUCCCCAGUGGAGCACUCCAUCCGUCCCGAACACUGGUUUCCAUAAUUAAUUAUCCAUUCUGUCUCCUGCUUGCCUAAUACUUCAUGCAGAGCCACAAACUGCUUUGAACUGUUGCCAGCCCUUCCCCAGCUUGUUCACACUGUUGCUUCCGUGACCUACAGCAGCACCAGUGACCCCUGAAGUGACCCUUGCUAAGCAGCCUCUGGGCGUCGGGGAGGGGGUUCCCAAGGGAAAAACUGUGACUGUUCCCUCUGCUUGUGCUCCUUUUCAAAGUAGCUGUUUGGUGCAGGGAGUGAGUUAAAAUUUCCCUUUUCAUCUAUGGAUUAUAGAUGAAAUUAUACUUUUAAUAAUUACAAGGCCAAAGUUUCUGUUUCUAUGCUAUUAUUUCACUGUUUUUAUUAAGACAGUGCCUUUGCCUUAUUCUGAUUUUGUUUUAAUUUUAAAACGUUUUCCUUGAUUAUAGAAAUGUUUAAUUCUAAAUUAUGAGAUGAAGUGGUUGUAACCUGUAUAUUAUACUUUAUAUUCUAACUAUUGAAUAAAGUCCGUAUUUUUC